GUACGUGCAAGGUUGUGUUUGUGGAUUAAAUGUGUAGUGUAAUGAAUUAAAUUUGCUCAAAUAAACGUAAAAUGUGAGAUAUAGUUUUAUUGAUAAGACAGUGACGAAAUAAAAAUUUCCCAACAAAAUACGGCUUUAAGUGUUUGAUCCUUCUCAACAGGCGUAGACUGUGUAUUUGAGAAAGUCCACAUUAUCUACGUAUAAUACGAUAAAACUGAGGAAGAGUGGGUGUUAUCGCUAGUAACCGUUCCAGUCGUAAAAACAUUAUCAUCACUUUUAAAUGAGGCAGUAAUGAUAAGUAAAAGUUGACGUUACUUAGUUGUAUUCCGUCCACGUAGCAUAGGCUCGUCCUAGUAUGAACAAGACAAAAGACAAUAGGUAACAAUGGAAAAUCUCAUGCUGCUGAUAGACAAUGUAAAUACCAUACCUGGUGUUGAAAACUGCAGCAAGUCCAAAUCAUACUUCCGACAAUGGGUUGUGUCAGCAAGUUUUUCUUUGGUCAUCAUGCUAAUAGGCAUGUCGCAUGGCCACACUGCCAUUUUACUGCAACAAAUAAAUCCGAUUUCUCCACAACAAACAAAUUUGUCGACUACGAUGACAUCGAAGGGUAUCAGAAUUGAAAACGGUGAAAUAUUCAACAGACCGGAAUUGGUAAUCGAGUCAAAGGACAUGCAGUCUUGGAUAGCCUCAGUUUUGGUACUAUUUAACUCCCCGAGUUGUUGGAUCCUGGCGGCUAUUGGAAAAAGUAUCGGUCGAAAGCCAGUUUUGAUAGCGUCCACCACAAUGUUUACAGUGGCCUGGUUCGUGAUUGUCUUUGCGGAUAACGCGUGUGAUUUGAUGGUCAGUAGAAGUGCCAUGAGCUUGAGUACCGGCAUUUUGGCAGGUUUGACGUCGAUCUAUCAAGGUGAAUGCUCGUCACCAAAGGUACGGCCCAUAUUCAAUGCCAUGCAAGGUAUUUCAUUCAGCCUUGGAAUAUUGUCCUGUCAUGCUGUUGGGGUGUGGUACCAUUGGAGAACAACUGCCCUAUUUUGUGGCCUUGUGGCGGUUAUUGCUCUGGGCAUGUGCUGUAUCUUACCAGAAAGUCCAGUGUGGUUAUUACAUAGAGGUAGAUUUGUCGAUGCCAUCCACUCUUGGACGUUUUUGCGAGGCAACCGUGAAUUCGAUGAGCUGGAGUCCAUGUACGUCGAUGUACAAGAAGAGUGGACGAGCCAAGAAAAGAUUGAUGGAAAAAAGCCGAUGUGGAUAAAACAAUUUUUUUCGUCUACGUUUUUAAAGCCUUGUGGCAUUAUAAUGGCGUUGUUUACCGUGUUACAAUUGAGUGGCGUUGGUGCGGUGACGUUUUAUUGCAUAACCAUGAUCACUGAAAUAGUCGGUGAAAGUGAUGCUUACAAGGCGACUUUAAUUUUGGAUGUACUCCGUCUUCUGUCCUCGAUUGUUUUAACGUUGUGCAUGAGAGUGUAUAGUGCGCGAAUGUUGACGUUGUGCUCAGCUUUCAGUUGCUCCGUUUUCCUCAUUGGGCUGUCUUUAUCCAUAGUAUUCGAAAUUUGGAGACCGUACUUUUCUUUGGUUCUACUAUUUAGUUACGAAGUAUCUGUCAUCAUGGGCUUAACUUCUUUGCCAUGGAAUUUCUUGAGUGAAUUUUUUUCACCAGACCACAAAGAAAUCGGCGUGGGUCUCUCCACCAGUUAUUACUACAUUUUAUUUUUCGUCGUUGUGAAAAGCAAUUUCAAAUUAAUCUCACUACUACAAAUUUGGGGAACAUUUUUACUCUUUGGAUGCAUAACGGCAUGUGGUACAGUUGUCCUCUAUAAAAUUCUUCCCGACACCAAAAAUAAAUCACUCAAAGAAAUAGAACUGAUGUUCACCAAUCACGGUCAUCGAAAGUAGUUGGAGGGUGUUGAAACAUUUUUAAUUCUCCAUGUGAAAUAACAUGUAUUAAAUUAAGUGUUCAUAUUAACAUUGUUAAUUUUGCAAGUGUUUAUGUAACUUAAAAAUUUAGUACAUAGCUUGACUUAAUUAACAAAGAGAACUCCUAAAUGGAUAGUGGAUCUUGACAAAAUUUUGAGAGAAUGUUUCUGAUUCCCAAAAAUAACAGAAAUCACGUUUCAUUGUACACCUCAUAAGAUCUGAAAUUCAAUAAGUUCAAGAGAUAUAACAAAUUCAUAAAAAAUGUUAAAACUGGUUUUUUAGUAUAACUUAGUUAUUGAUGUAUCAAUAGUUUAAAAAAAAAAUGUUUCUCAGUCGUAGAUCAUUUAAGUAAUAAAUUCUUAAAAGUGAGUUUUCGUGCAAGACUUGUUUGGUUCGAAAUUGUUUUCAAAGUCAAUUGUUACACCGUAACAACGUUGGUUUUCAAAGAUUCUUCCAGUUUAAGACCAGAGUAAGUUCCUCGCAUUCGCUGUGGUUUACGUCCUUUAUUUACUUAUCCGUCACUCUUUGGUCCUUACCAAAGAGGUCUGAGAAUUUAAAACCCAAGUCUCGACGCGUAUUUAUGACGUACCUACUGCUGCUACUACCAGACGCGGCAGCAGUGGCAGGUAGUCGUAAAGCAAGCCAGCAAGACACCCGCAUGGCACGUGAUAAAGUACGAAAUUUAUAUACAUGCGUAGCAUACUCAAGCAGAUGCGCCCAACGAUGCGCCCUCGAGAGCAUUAAUAAGCUGUUCUGCUGGUGUUCGUGAGAAUAGAAGCCGCGUGCACUUGUGGCGAUGAUACGUAUGAACUUGUGUGUGAUUGUAUGUAUUGCGUGUUUCGGUAAAUCAGUGAUACUCUGUCACCACCGUUAAGUACAGUUUUCUUGGAGUUUCACUUUCUCGCGCUCAUCGAUAUCGGUUUGUCAUCAAGCUUUAGCCACGCUUAUCGCAAGAGAGAUUCACAGGCUUUAGGAAGAACAUCAUCAUCGAUGGAUCAUUGAUCACCAGAAGAUAAUUAUAAUUUUAGUAUUGGUUAGUGUAAGUUUCACAAUCUAUGUAUUAAAUAAUAAAAUAA